CAAACGCGGGACUGAGCUGUAGCUGCCGUACAGCUCUCGUUACAGUACUUGUAGACAUUUUGUCGGCUUAGAAAAUUAUGGACGGAAUUAAACUCAGGGAAUGGUACUGCUGAGGUAGUUGAAAAGCCAAAAGAAGUCGGCAUCCAAGGCCAAAUCCAUAUAUAUAUUCAGAGGAAGGUGACCGAUAAGCUCCCAUCAUGCCUUUGGUGACGCGAAACAUCGAACCCAGGCACCUCUGUCGCCAAUCACUGCCAAAUACGAUCAAGAGUGAACUGGAGUGUGUGACCAACAUCACACUUGCCAACAUCAUUCGCCAGCUUGGAUCACUUAGUAAGUAUGCAGAGGAUGUGUUCGGUGAACUGUUUGUCCAGGCCAGCUCGUUUGCCGAACGUGUCAACACGCUGGGAGAGAGAGUGGACAAGCUGCAGGUCAAAGUCACCCAGCUGGACCCUAAAGAAGAGGAAGUUUCUCUUCAGGCCAUUACCAGCCGCAAAGCCUUCCACUCCAAUUUCAUCCAGGAUCAGCAGCUCUUCAUUAGGGUGUCACUACCGCAGCCUAUCCAUGAGACCUAUCUGACCUGCAGCCAGCCACCCCCCCUCAACAAUCUGAGCUGUUACAGGGAGGAUGGAAAGGAGGCUCUGAAGUUCUACACUGAUCCGUCUUAUUUCUUUGACCUCUGGAAAGAGAAAAUGCUUCAAGAUACCAAAGACAUUAUGAAAGAGAAACGCAAACAUAAGAAGAAGAAAGAUGACAACCCUAACCGAAGGAACUUGAACCCUCGAAAGAUCAAAACCCGUAAAGAUGAAUGGGAGCGCCGGAAAAUGGGGGAGGAGUUUGUGGUCCCCAAAAACGAUAGCAUGGGCAACUCUUCAGAAGUGUUGAAUGGCAGUAUUGGCUCUGGUGAUGAUGGAUUUAAUCACACUGAUGACUGUUUGGACCAAAGCACUAACUCCUACAUCUAUGACCCCAACUCUCCUCUCCCACCUCCAAUGCAAGAGGACCUCCCCCCACCACCACCUCCAGACAUGCCGUAUAAUGAUGUAUCUGGUGGUCCUCCUCCGAAGCGUGGCAGUCUUUUAAGCCCCAGUCAUCCGCCUCCAGCUCCACCAGUGAUGCCUUCUUCUCCAGGCCGUCCGACUGUUGCUCCUCCUAUGGCACCGCCACCACCUCCACCUCCUGGUGGCAUGAUCCCACCUCCGCCACCUCCAGGUUUUGAUUCGCCCCCCUCUCCUCCUCCAUUCUCCAGCAAUGCUGUUUCCAUCCCACCUCCACCACCCAUGGAAGCCUGUUGUCCAGCUCCUCCACCGCCACCCAUGGGAGGGGGACCACCUCCUCCUCCCCCUCCCCCUCCUCCCCCAGGUCCUCCUCCACCCUCUGCUCCAGCUCCACCUCCCUCAGGAGGAGUCUCUACUCCCGCUGCACCCAAAGCCCAGCCUGCUCCAGCCCAGGGCGAUGGUCGCAGCGACCUUCUUUCAGCUAUCCGUCAAGGAUUUAACCUGCGUAAAGUGGAGGAACAGCGAGAGCAGGAGAAAAGAGAUCACAUGGGCAAUGAUGUCGCAGCCAUCCUGUCCCGCCGCAUUGCCGUGGAGUGCAGCGACUCGGAGGAUGAUUCAUCCGAAUUUGAUGAUGAUGAGUGGUCUGACUAAAGCUAUCGCCCCGCUCUUCAUCACCUGUGCGAUGACAUUAAGAUCAUUCCUUUUAGACCUCACACUUCUCAUAUUACCCGUUUACCUGCAGUGAGGCCAAAAGCAAAUAAAGGGAAGAGGGCCAAACAUUGUGUGUGUGUGUGUGUGUGUGUGUGUGUGUGUGUGUGUGUGUGUGUGUGUGUGUGUGUGUGUGUUGAGUCUAAUCUAAAUGAAAGAGUGAAUUAUUUAGUUGAUAAGCCUUCUCCUGUUUCAGAGCACCUGUGCGUCUGUAUAAUGUGGCCAAAAGUAAACCGAGACUGUGUGUGUGUGUGUGUUUGUGUGUGUGUGUGUGUGAGUGAGUACUUCCAUAUUUUCCUCUUGAUGCAUCAGUAUCGUUUCUGUUAAAAUCUCACAUGAUUGAACCUUACUCUGUAUUAACUAGUCAACUAAAGCCUUCCUUACAGCCAAGACUAGACACACUUUAUAAUGCAAAUAUUUAAAAUAGUAAGAUGUUUUGUGUCUGUGAUAGUUUUUGCACCUUGUAGGGCGAAAUAACCUUGUAUUUCAUUGCAGUACGUAUUCACGCUCCAUGACCAAAAGUCGUUAUCUGUUUAAAUGGCAUCUGGCUGUGUCUGUGCUGUUUUCGGAGGUUUGUGUCAGCCUCACAGUACUACCAGUAGUUUUUUCUUUGUUUAGCACAAGUGCCUGCUUCAUAAUGCCUUUUGUUUUAAUGCCAAAAUUUUAGAAAAUAUGCAAGAUUUUGAAAUCAAAGAAAAGUGAGAUUGUUUUAUUUGAUACAUGUGGGUAAUAAUUAUGAUUUUUUUUUCUAUCAGCAACUGAAAUAAAAUCUUAAAUAUAA